AUGUCAGACUCAGAAUAUGACAAGCUCCUCUCCUUCCAAGAGGCACUGGAGCUUGUUAAACUUCCACCCGACUCAAACUCCCAAUAUCGAUUCAUCGGCACCCGCUCCGCCUACCUUCCAGGAUGCGACUACCCACCAGAAAAAGAGAUGCCGUCGUUUCACACUGCAGCCUACGGCGGCCACGUCUACGCCCAGAGUGCCUUAGCAGCUUGUAGAACCUGGGGUGGGAUCGAAGAUCAGAAUAAAAUUCCCAAGUCUCAAAAACUCGGACUUCACACAAUCCACGGCUUCUUCACCGCGGCAGGAAACCGCCACCGACCCUUCAUCUACUCUGCCACGCCCCUAACAUCCACCCGCUCCUUCAGCACCUUGUCCGUCACAGCUUACCAGCCCUCUUUACGUUCCACCGCAUCUACCGCCGAGUCCUCUCCCUCCUCGGAGUCCUCAUCACCAUCCUCAGAAGAAAGGCCCGAUCGCUUCCCUCACUUCCCCCUCUCCGACGCAUCCCUCACCCUAUCCCCCACACCAUCCUUCACAGCCCUAAUCUCCUUCAAAGCCUCCGAGCCUCACUCCGCAGGAAUCGCCAUCCAAGAACCACCUCCCCAAAUCCGCUUCCGCGACAUCCUAGCCUCAAGAAAACCAACCGACUGGCCACCUGCUCCACCAGUAGACAUCGACGGCGUUCGAGCUUUAGUAGGGGAGGAUGUAAUCGGCGAGUUUCCGAUCGUGGAGAUGAGAAAGGUUGAUAUGACCUCUUACAACGAGGGGAAGCCGGUUCACGAGAGAAGGGAACUUUUGUUGUAUCGCUUGUUGAAACCGUUACCUUCUUCUGAUGGCGAUGGCGAAGGGGGUGGGGAUGGGGUACAGGAAGGGAAUAAUCACGCGGUGAUCCAUGCGUAUGUGGUUGAUCGCAACGGGCUGCUGAUGGCGUGUAAUCAUCUUGGAAUGGGCUGGACGUUGGGGAAAGCGGCCAGUUUGAGUUAUAGCAUUGUUUUUCAUACGAAUGUGGAGGAGUGUGUGAUGAGGUAUGGGAGUCGGGAGACUGACUUGGACUUAAGCCCGGAUUGGGAGGCGAGGUCGAAAGGAAAGGCGGAUGGGGAAAGUGAAGGCGUGUGGUGGAUUCAGGAAGCUUGGUUCCCUAGGGCUGGAGCGGGGAGGGGCAUUGUGGAAAGUAAGGUUUGGAGUCCUGGGGGUGUGCAUGUCGCGACGGAGUAUCAGGAUGGGCUGAUUAGGAGCUUUGAGAAGGAGGAGCAGAAGCCAAAGUGGAAUCCGAAGUUGUAG